AAGCUUUCGGCGCUGGGUCAGGACGUGCGAAGCGUCAGACGCACCAAGACCGGUGAAAUGAUCUUGGUUCUGAAACGCGAAGCGCAGGCUAGUGGGACUGACUACAGGAAGCUGGCCCAAGAGGUAUUGGGUGACGACGCCGAGGUUUCCGAAACGGACAGCAUUAGCCAAUCGAUGUGUGCGAAGUGCCGGACCCGGUUAAAAGAAUUCCAUGAUUACCAGCAGCGAUGUUUGGAUGUGCAAGGUGUUUUACAAUCAGAAUUGCAAAGAAACGUGUCCAAAGAUAAGCAAGGUCUUCGCUUGAAGUGUGACGUUUGCGAUAAAGAGUUUCAAGUUCAUCGUCAGCUUAAGGACCACAAGAAGAUUCACGGACCAAGGAAAUAUAACUGCUCCAAUUGUGGGAAAGGGUUUAUCAAUCCCUCACGUUUGGCUAGGCAUAUGGGUAAUAGAAAAUGCGGGAGCUAUGUGUUUCAUAAAACGACUGGAGAUCACUGUGAAGACGAUUCCAAUUUCGAUUCUGAAACUGUAACCGCUUCGGAAAACACAAAUCAUAAGGACAACAGCGAUCUUAUGGUUGACUGUGAAUCGUGUGAUAAAAAAUUCAGAAAUAAGAAACAACUGAGAGAUCAUCGAAGACAUGUCCACGGACCGAAGGAUCAUGAAUGUUCUAUAUGCGGUAUGGCGUUUAUUACAAGACAACGUUUGGAUAACCAUUCGAAGACUCACCUAGGAUAUAAUACCAAGGACUGUAUGAAGCUGAAAUCAGUACCGAAGGUAGCCUCGAAAAAUAAAGAAGCUAUGACGAAGAAGCAAUCCUGUCCGUUGUGCCACAGGCUAAUUAUGGCAGUUUCCAUGGAAGGACAUUUGAACAGACACAAAGGUAUUCAGCCAUUCAAGUGUGAGAUGGGAUGUUCGAAAGAGAAGUUUUUCUGCAAUGAACAGAGAAAGAGCCACUACCAAGACGUGCACGGAUGGCAUGCCUAUGAGUGCGACAUCUGCCACCAGUUCUUCCAUACCGGCAGAAGCUGCAGGGUGCACAAAAUGAAUGCUCAUGGACAGGGACACGAGUGCCAGGAUUGUUUCCUAAUAUUUGAGACUAGCGCUGGGUUAGAGAGGCACAUUGUAAAAGCCAACCAUCCGAAGAAAAACUUGAUGGUGGAUCAACAAGUACAAAUGAAGCAUGAGACUGAACAGCAGACGGGACUGGAACUGGAAGACAUGUUUGAAGCAACAGACAUCAAAGUUGAGUGUCGAUCGGACGAAGAUGAGGAAAUGGCCAGCACAUAGCAAGCGAAACAUUGAAAUAAAAUUCCCAGUAUAAUAC